GGAGGGAUCACUUUCUACAUUGUUUAUUUUCUAUUCAAGUGACACUAGCUACAGAGACUAAGGGAGAGAAUUUAAAUAUAUCUAUUUGUUUUAUGUGUGGGAGACUUAAUACACAAGUAACUUUCUGGAGAUUUUGCUGAACAGGCUUAUAGGCUUUCCAGGGAAAUAGAAAGUUAGAGACCCAGACAGAAAACGAGAAUCAUGGAGAUGCAAAAAAUCCCCAGAGAGGAGGAAAGAGUGGUGGAAGUGGACGAGGGUCAGAGAAUGCUGGAAACCUCAGUCGAGGAAGCUGAAUCUACAGUCUACUCCAAACUGAAUAAUCCAUCGGAGGACAUUUAUGCUGAAGCUUCUCCUGGCCAUCCCUCUGCCAGAGACAGAACAGGCACAGUCAAGGAAGCUGAAUCUACAGUCUACUCCAAACUGAAUAAUCCAUUGGAGGACAUUUUUGCUGAAGCUUCUCCUGGCCAGCCCUCUGCCAGAGACAGAACAGACCUGCAGGUCCUGGGGAACGUGGGUCUGUACCGCGCAGUGUGCUUACUACUGUCCAUCAUCUGUCUGGUUCUACUGCUCGUCAUCAUCAUCCUCUGUGUCAAAUUUCCAUCCCAGCCUCUGGUCUGUCAUGGGACUGAAAAAGGGAUUGAGGCUAAAGAGGAGGGGAGUGUGAAUGAAAAAGGGAUUGAGGCUAAAGAGGAGCGGUUCCAGUCCACUGAGGUGUGCAGCCUGCAGACAUGCCAAGCACAAUACUUCCAGCAACAGAGCCAGGUCCCUGGCUGCCAUACGUGUGGUAAAGGCUGGCUGCACUUUGAGAGCUCCUGCUACUUCCUCUCCAGAGACAGAUUGAACUGGGACGAGAGCAGGGACGAGUGUAAGAAGAGAGGGGCAGAUCUGGCCGUCAUAACAAACAAAACAGUGCAGACCUUUCUGACGGAGAAGGGGAACCUGAUGUACUGGAUUGGUCUGAGACAGAGAACCAGGAACUGGGUUUGGGUCAACAACACUGCACUGACACAGAGUUACUGGUCAGGAUCCAACAGACAAGGGGAUUGUGGGUUACUGACAGGAAGGGAUCCUCCUGAGAGAAGCUGGAGCUCGUCAUCAUGUGACCAGUACAGCUUCUACAUCUGCCAGAGGGGGCGCUAAAGGACAGACUACACCAUCUGCCAGCAGUCACCAACCCUGGUCCUGGAGCGCUAUAUGAUAUACAGGCUUUUGUUCCAGCCCACCAGUAAGACACAUGAUUUACCUAGUCAAUGAAUCACCUUGAUUAGCUGAAUCAUUUAAGUGUUGUACAUCAUGUAGCUCAGCAGGGUUGGUGGCUACUGCCAUAUGCCAACUAAGAAACUGGCAAUACGGCUUCUCUUUAGACUUCCAUCUAUCAUUCACUCCUAUUCCAUAGCCUUUUAUACCAUGAUUACACAUCUCUAUCAAUAGCCUUUUACACCUUGAUUAUACACUUUAUGACAUACAUCUAUGUUAUAAUUAAUUAAUUAGACAUCCAGGUAUGACCAAUGAUGGUAAAUGUAAUCACAUUACAGUUAGUUAUGCCUUAAGAAGAAGAAUCAAGUCAGCCUGGCAGUUUCAGUUAGAAUUUGCACUAAUGUUAAAGAUUAACACUAUAUAUUGCACUUAUUUGCUUGUUUUGGUGAGAUGUUUCUAUAUGUUUUUUUUAUGACUUUGAAUGUAAUAAUGAUCUACAUUAUUAUGUGCAUUAACCAAUCAUUAGGUUUUAUGUUCUGAUUUACAAUCCUGAAAGGAAAAAACGUUUUAUAUAAUUUGUUCCUGUAAUAAAGAAUCAGUUAAUAUA